AUGCUGUUAGGAAAUAUUUUCACGCACCAGUAUGAUCAAGUAUCAGACACUCCAGCUUCUCUUUCCAAACCGGAAGAGGAGGACGAAGAGAGCCGAUUUUUGGAAAAGAAAAAUUACCAGAACUCUUCCAUGACAAGAAGAAAGAUAAGCUCCGCAAUAAUCAAGCAAAGCGUUCUCAUUUCAACAUGGUUGACCAUCGUAUGCAUCGUACUGGCUACAAUCAUGACGAUCAUCCUCCGCGAAAAGCGCGACUCUACUAUUGACGAUAUGUGCUUCGAACAUUCAACAUUCUACAGUCCUGUUGCUAAGGAUAUCGAUACCACUCCUCGCCUGGUUACCACCAAUGGAAGUCUGGACUGGCCUUCUGUAUAUCGCCAGCCUCCGGGCCAAGAUGUGGACGAUGCGUGGAAUAAAAUAUCGUAUAAUAUGGGCGUGUUUUCACUACCUGAAGAGAUUGCCCUAAAAGCCGGUCUUGAUCGAGGCGAUGUCCGCAUUCCCGCCGGCUACGAAGGGAGUGGCGAGUACAUGGCAUCACUGGAGUUGACCCAUCAGCUUCAUUGUGUGAACUUCCUCCGCAAAGCCGUCUGGUUCAAUUACCCGCAUUACAAAAACCACGGCGACGAAUUCCAAGACCCACAACAUGUCCUGGAAAUGCAUCUAUAUCACUGUCUCGAAACCGUGCGGCAGGUCAUUAUGUGCAACGCUGAUCCUGGCAUAGUCGGCUACAAGUACGUGCGAGGUCGCGAGAAGAGGCCUUAUCCGGACUUCAACACGCCGCAUAAGUGCCGCGAUUGGAGGGGGAUGAUUGACUGGGCUUAUGAACGUAGUAUUCCGGGACAUCCUGAAGAAUCGGACUUUGUGCCUGGGGAGGGUGAGACUGUCUAUGAUGCGGAUCCUUAA